UUUCAUUGUUGGUAAUAAUACAGUUUUAAAAAUACGAUUUUCGAUUCGAGUCUAAAAUGCCAUCGAUAGUUACUUAAUGGGUGAAAUAAAUCGUUAGAAACUCAUCUAAAACCAUUCUAAUAGCGGAUUUUUUGUAUCAGCAUGUUGUGGUUUACUUCGUAAACCACGCCAUGAUUGUUUCUCAUUCGUAAGAUACGAGGUUAUGAAAUCUUACAUUCAUAGCAACUCUAAAGCACGUUCCAAAUUUAAAUCCAAAUUUAUUUUUGCGGAGAUAAAAAGUACGAAAUAAAUAACGGUUUUAAACAUUCAAAUAUAAAAUGAGGUGGAUGGCCCGUUAUUUUACACCACCAAUUUUACUUGGUUUAUCUUUAACAAGCAUUAGUAUUGCUGUACUAUAUGUAUUGUACAGAAAGGAUGAAGAAGAUAUUAAAUCCAGAAAAAGUCAAGUUGAGAUUUCAAAACGAUAUACAAUAGAAUGUAAAGUACCCAGACAAUUUGUACCUGCUGUUAUUGGAAGGGGUGGUUCGAUGAUAAAAGAUAUACAAAAUAAAACAGGGACUCAGGUUCACUUUAAAGAGGAUAAUAUUGAAUGUCCAGAACGUAUUUGCAUCAUAAAAGGAAGCUAUGAAUCUGUAUAUCUAGCUGAAAAUUUGAUAAAGUCCAUAAUUUAUAAUCAGCCUAUAAUUGAAUCAUAUGUAUUGUCUAUUCCUCAAAAAGUAUGUGGGAAAAUAAUAGGAAGAGGUGGUGAUGUUAUACAUCAUAUCCAAACAGUCUCUGGUGCGAAAGUCACUAUUGAAAGUGCCUUUCUUCCUUCUGAGUCACAUGUUGAAAGAAAAGUUACUAUAAAAGGAACAUCUAAACAAAUUAAUACAGCUUUAGAAUUAAUUCAAGAGAAAAUUGAUGAAGAAGAACAAGAACGUACAAAAUUACAGGCUUCUUCUGCUGCAAGACUGCCUAGAGGAAAAUUAUCUCCUCGUAACACCAUUAACACAUCUGAACAGAGUCAAAAUACUGAAUCUUUAACAUUACCAGUAUCUGAUGGUUUCAUAGAAGUAUAUGUGUCUGCAAUGGAAACUCCCAGUCAGUUUUGGGUUCAAAUUGUUGGUCCUGGAAUUACUGCACUAGAUAAAUUAGUGUCUGACAUGAAUGCUUACUACAGUAAUAAAGAAAAUUAUGAAAUGCAUAAGUUGAAAAGUAUAAAAGUUGGCCAAUUGGUAGCAGCAAAAUUCGGUUUUAAUAAGCAAUGGUACAGAGCUGAAGUUAUUUCCCUACCUGCAAAUGAUCAAUGCGAAGUAUUUUACUUGGACUAUGGAGAUCAUGAAAUAAUCCACCACAAUUCCGUAUUGGAACUUCGAACCGAUUUUCUCAGCUUAAGAUUGCAAGCGAUCGAGUGUUCACUAGCCAAUAUUAAACCACCGGGAGCUGAAUGGUCCAAUGACGAAUGUGACUUUUUCGCGGAGAUCACGUUUUUAGCCGAGUGGAAAGUUCUUCACGCCAAAGUUAAAAGUUUCAAAGAGAGAACCUUCGGCUAUGGAAGAUCUCGUCGCGAAGGUUCACCAAUUCCUUCCGUCGAACUUUACAAUAAACAAGAGAACGAGGAAAUUAACAUCGGCAGCGAGAUGAUAAAGGAAGGUUACGCCGAGCAAGAAGAAACUGUAUCAUCGCCUGCUUCUUCGACGAUAUCGCUAUUCUCACGCCACUACGACAUCGGCGGCUUUUCGACUCCUCCGCUGACGAGUCGAACUUUGAGUCCUGAAACGUCGGUAAACACUUCACGUAAAUUGGAUUCGGCCAUCGACUCGCCAAAUACAUCUACCACAAAUGUCGGGGAGCCUACUGAUGUAUCUGACGUAUUGGGAUCUGAUGUUAAAGAAAUUCACUUAUUUGCGCCGCAAAAACCACCCGAUUGGGCCCAGGAAACCGAUCUGGCGACAUCGAAGAAGGACGAGAUGAACCGCUUUAUCGAAAACGAGAGGGAAGUUCAACAGAACGACGACCGUAGUGUCCACCCUUCAAACAGCACUUACAUUCCGUUGGAGUCUUCCAAAAAACGGGAACGUCCAUGGCAAGUCUCGAAAUUCUCGCGAAUCGCUCCGGCUGGUUUCGAGAGCGAUAUGUCGGACGACUCGGACGCGAUGGAGCUGGGGUAAAUCGAAAGAGCCAGCCGUACAUUUCUUCCUUUUUUCUAUCGAGAUACGCUUCCAUUUAUUUCAUGUAGCGCUGUAGAAGUUAGAAAUGCGGCGGUUCGAACAGUCGCAACGAAUCCUCGAUAGAAAAAAGAAAAUAACGAUAGAGUAGAAUACAUAGCAAUGAUUUAAACUCUUUGUUCGUGCCCGUGCGCUUUCUUUCUUUUUCAAAUUUCAUUCUCUUGGCAAUGCCUUUUAUACGGUAUGAAUUUCGGCAAGAUAUCUUGUUGCGAUAUAUUUUUCCAAUACCUCAGCGAUUUUAAUAGAGAAUACUACUGAAGUGAGUUAUCAAGUAGAGUAAUUAAGUUGAAAAUGAAACCUGAGAAACGCUUUUAAAGUAGUUAGAAGGCCGGGCUUUUUUCAUAAUGUAAUUAUAGAUUUUGUUGUUAGUUUUAAUUUUUCCUUUUUCUUCUUUUUCUAAUUUCUUUUUUAUUCUCUAAUCUUUCUAGUUUCAAAAAUUUGUAAACUUACUUGUUCAGUUAUUUACUCAUUCGCUCAUUUACUUGCUUAUUUACAUACUUGCUUGCCUGCUUACCUUACCUUAAACUAUCUUUUCCGCCAAGCUGAUCAUUUGCAAAUGAUUGAAAGUACAAAGGGUCGUUUAUCAGGUUAUUUAAUUUGCAAAUGGUUCUCUCUCUAUUUUGAUGGAAGCAUUUUAAAUUUAUUUUAUUUGUUACGCGGACUGGAUAAUCUUUUCUAUAUUUUAUGUCGAUAGACUUUAUUACGCGUUAAUUAGUAUCAUGUAAUCAAAAGUAGAAAUACUUCUAUAUACUUUAGAGAGGAAGGUACACGAUAAAAGAAGAAUCGUAAGGGCCUGAAAGCGACAGAAAUUAAACCCACUUUAGAGAUAAUUGUUACUCUGAUCACAAAGCAAACUUGAAGAAAACUGUUCCUUACUCUUCUUCCGAGUAGUCAGUUGUGCUUUCAGGCCGUUCUCUUCAGAUUGUGCAUUGUUUCCUUCGGGACACGUACGCUGUUUGAAGUAUGCUCAAGAUUAACAAACCGCGUGCCUUAAACUUCUGCUUCAUACAUAAUUACCACCAUUGAAAUAUGAACAUAGCAUGUAACAUAUAGUUGCAACAGUUGCAAGUAUUAGGUGUAUAAAUAUCGAAGAAAACUACAUAGGUCAUCCUAUUUUUGUAAUAUGACUAACUGACUAAUUAAGUUCGUUUUUGUAGAUUGGUAGGAAAUAAAUGGAUUAAUGCGUAGGUCGAGACGAUCGUCGGGAUUAGGAUAUUUUUCUUUUUCUUAUCCGAUAUGCCUUUUUUAUUUCGAUGUCUUAGUUAUCAUAAGAUUUGUAGGGUGUUUGAAACUACAUAAAGAUGAUAGUGCCAUAUUAUUCUUCGUAGUUUCCCAUUCUCCUAAGCACGGUACUUUAUGAAGUAACGCGAUGCUCUUCAAGAACAAAGGUAAAUCCACGAUUGUACAAAAAUACGCAAUUGUAAUCUAUGCGAUUUAUUUCCUACCAAAAUGAUAGUGAUUUACGAUGAUACGAUCCGUUACCUAACGAAGUAAAUGAUCAACUCCAUUGUACCUAUUAUAUGAAGCCCGUCGUUAUAUCCUAGAUUUACCUGUUUCUUCCCCAAAGACUUAUUUAAGAAAACUCCGAGAAAAAGAACGAAGAAAAGAGAAAAGAACCGAUUCGUUGUCUCAAACCCUUCCGAUAAACAUUGCCUGCAAUUCAACAAUGUCAGUAAAUCUAAAAACUCCAUGAAAGUUGCCGAUUUUUACUCGAUCAUCGAACAUAAAUCACAAAACAAUAUCAGUUUAUGAAAUUGAUCGAAAUAUUUGAAAUUGUACUCAAGUAAGCAAAUAACAAAAUAUCAUUGGACAAAUAAAAUCUUCGCUCUCUAAAAA